AUGUCUACAGUAAGAGCAAUUAACCUGGUGCUGCCUGAGGUUGAGGUGCAUCUGGCCGGCUCUAGUAUAGUCGGCCAGCUGGUCCUGAACCUGAGGAGCACCUUGGUGGACCCUAUUGUGAAGGUGGAGCUUGUGGGAAGAGGCUGCCUGAGGUGGCUUGAGGAGGAUAAUCCUGAACUGGACUACUACAAGAGUACAGCUUGCACCAACCAGGCUGUCUAUGUCUCCAAAACAAAGGAUUUCCACAUAGAAGAUGGCUGGCUGGAUUCUGGGGUCCACACCUUUGAUUUCCACUUCAGCUUUCCUCCAAGUAUUCCCUCCACUUUCACCAGCAAAACUGGCUGCAUCUCCUACUCUGUUCAAGGGACUUGCUGCAGCCGCCACACUCUUUUAGCUAGAGAAGAGAGAUGUUUACUGUUGCAAGGAACUGCUGGUGACCACAGAAGACAUGUGAAAGACAAGGCCUCACUAGUGGCAGAAGCUAGGAAGGAUGUAGUUUAUUUCUGCUGCUUCUGUCAUGGCUCUGUGACCCUUCAUAUUUCCCUGGAGAAGAACAUAUUUUGCCCCGGAGAAAGCAUUGCCUUCACGGCAGAUAUUGACAACAAGACACGCAAGUAUGUUAGAAAGGCUGUUUUUGCUGUACACUGCAUUGUCCUGUACAGUGGCUUCAGCAGCAGGGGACAACAACGCUCCUUGGAAGACCGAAGUGAAGUGACGAGGUUGGAGUCUCAGACAGACGCGCCUCCCUUUGAAUCCACAAGAGUUACUGGAGCACUGGUUCUGCCAAAACCUAUGCCUGUCACCAGCACUCUCAGAGAAAACAAAAUCAUGGCAUUCAGGUAUGAGGUGGUAGGCACUGCUGACCUGCCUUGUACCACAUCCACCAUUGUGGGCAGGGUGCCCAUCACCAUAGCAUUUCUCUGCGGAGCAGAACAUCAUGACUCUGCAUGA